AGUCGGUCCAGUUUUCUUGUGGGAGAGGACCCAGGACACCCCUCCUUCCUACUGAAAUAUCGCAUCGAACCACAACAAGAUGGCCUCCAUGUCGGUGGACCCGGUGACAGAGCCACGCAUGUAUCAGCAAACACUUCUACAAGACGGACUUUGUGAUCUGCUAGAAACCAACAAGUUUGUGGACUGUUCUCUGAAGAUCAAAGACAAGGAGUUUCCAUGCCAUCGGCUAGUGCUGGCAGCGAGCAGCCCUUACUUCAAAGCCAUGUUCCUGUCAGACCUGGAGGAGAGCAAAAAGCGUGAGAUUGUUCUAAAAGACAUUGAGCCUGGAAUUAUGGGAAUGAUCUUGAGGUACAUAUACACCUCGGACAUCAACCUUACUGAGCAGAACGUCCAGGACAUCUUCAUUGCGGCCAACAUGUACCAGAUUCCUUCCAUCUUCAGUGUGUGCGUGUCAUAUCUGAAGCAGAAGCUGGUUCUCAGUAACUGUCUUGCCAUUUUAAGACUAGGUUUGUUACUGGACUGUCCACGUUUGGCCAUGGACGCACGAGAUUUCAUCUGUGACCGCUAUCAGCUCAUCAUCCGAGACGAGGACUUCAAUCAGCUGGGUCCCAGCGAGCUGGCUGCUAUCAUCACAUGCGACUCUUUGAACGUGGAACGAGAAGAGGUGGUGUUCGAGUCUUUGAUGGACUGGGUUGAGUACGACACAGCGGAAAGGCUGAAGGACCUGCCAGAACUUCUACACUGCGUACGUUUCCGUCUCAUGCCGAAGAGUUACUUUAAAGAGAAAGUUGAAAGUCAUAGACUGAUCAGGACGAAUCACGAGCUCAAGAAGGAGCUUCAGCUUAUCAAGGAUGCACAGAGAGGAGUGCUAAACAGGGUCAAAAAGUCACAAAAAGGAAAGAAAAAGGAAGGAGUGACGACAGAUUCUGAGGACGAGGAUGAGGAGGGUCUGCUGCCGGGGAUCCUAAAUGACAACCCACGUUUCGGAAUGUUUCAAACAGAUCUUAUAUUAAUGAUCAGCGACACAGGAUCUGUGGCGUACGACCCUGGCUCAAAUGAGUGUUUUGUGGCAUCUGCAUCCACCGAGAUCCCCAAAAACCACUGCAGUCUUGUCACCAAGGAGAAUCAGAUCUUUGUUUCGGGAGGUCUCGUGUAUAAUGAGGAAGAUAAAGAUGUGCCUUUCAGUUCAUACUUCCUACAGUUUGAUCCCAUGAGCUCCGAAUGGCUGGGGAUGCCCUCAUUACCAAACCCUCGCUGCCUGUUUGGGUUGGCGGAUGCUGAGAACUCCAUCUAUGUGGUUGGAGGCAAAGAACUAAAGGAGGGAGAACGUGCUCUAGAUUCAGUUAUGAUCUACGACAGACAAUCGUUCAAAUGGGGAGAGUCUGACCCUCUUCCCUAUGCAGUAUAUGGACAUGGGACCAUUACACAUAAAGGGUUGCUCUAUGUGAUAGGUGGAAAAACAGAGAGCAAGAAAUGUCUAAGGAGGAUGUGUGUCUACGAUCCCAGCAAAUUUGAAUGGAGAGAUCUGGCACCCAUGAAAACUGCCCGCUCACUGUUUGGCACUGCUGUCCUUAAAGACAAAAUCUAUGUGGUCACUGGAGUCACCGACACCGGCCUUACCAGCAGUGUUGAGGUCUAUGACAUUGCCAGUAAAACCUGGUCAGAGUUUGUAGAGUUCCCUCAGGAAAGGAGCUCUCUUAACCUGAUCCAACUAGGAGGUUGCUUAUAUGCUGUGGGCGGUUUUGCUAUGAUGCCCAAUGAGACAACAGAAAAACUGGAGCCCACUGAGAUGAACGAUAUAUGGAGGUUUGAGGAAGAGGAGAACUGUUGGAACGGGAUUCUGAGGCAGGUACGCUAUGCUGCUGGGGCCACGGUGCUGGGUGUGCGUCUGAACACCUUAAAACUCACUAAAAUGUGAUCUACAUGCAUCAUCUACAGGCAAAACCACAUCAGCUGUAUGAUACGAACAACAUGCAAAACAUUAAGGGCUUCCCCCAUAUGGAAUAAUACUCUUUAAAUAUCUUUGUCUCUUAAAGAAUAGUUCAUUUGUGAUUGAUCCAAAGCUAAAUGGUGUUUCUGGAUAUUGUAAAAGUGGGUUGGUCUGUCUACAACUUCUUACCAUUAUGCAAAUCUUUAAAGCUGUUUCCAAGACAUCUCAGCAGAUGGAGACAAAAGACAAAACCAUUUUUUUCAUAGAAACAUUUUAAGUCAUAACUGGAUAACUUGAGUUUGUUUAUAUAUCUAUGUCCAUUGAUUGUAAUCAUUCUAUGAUAUGUUAUAUUUCAGAUGACAUCUACAAUGUAACAUUUUGCCAUUAAAUGACCAAGUACAGUGUUUUAACAUUCGGAAAGGAGAGAAAUAAAUGAAAGGGAUUGCAACACAACAAUGACCAAAGUAGAAUGAAAACAAACAACAUACAAUUGGUGUUUACCAUAGGGAAACACAUUGUCACACACUUUCCAAAGCCACUAGGCAAUAAUGAAAAGGUAAAAUAUUGGUUAGAUAAUACAUUUGUGAUUUAACACUGAAACUAUAAAGGACACUACACAGAAAAACAAUAGUCAGGAAUACCAUAUGAAGAUCUGCUAGCCUUAUAAUACAUUAGCACUUUCCAUUGACAGCUCGACAGCCAGUCCUUUUUCAAUAAAAUGAAUGUAGGGCACAGUUUUGUGUUGCUGUUAUCAUUACAUGCUAGAGUUUUUGAUAGAGCAUUGAACACAAGUUUUCCACCAUGAUUAAUAAACAGCUAAUGAAAGGCAAGCAGUUAAGUUGAGCAAGGCAAAAAAAUAAACCCUUUUGUCUACUAAAUGAAUAGUAUAAAUGUAUCUCUUGUUUUGAAACACUGUGCUUACAAUAUAAUCUUAAAGGGAUAUUUCACCCAAAAAAUGAAAAUUCUGUCAUCAUUUACUCACCCUAAAUUCCUUUGUU